GCACUCUCAUUUGUGACUUCGGCAAGGCUGAACGUGCGACGCGUAGUUGGCUCUUCGUCUUUGUAGAUUUUGGCUGUUUCCCGCCCAACAAAAAAAAAAUAAAAAUAUUAAAUAAAUAAAUAAGACAUAAUCUGAUACACAACAAAUACCCUAACUAGGCCCUAAUAUAAAAAAAACACAACUAGGUCCUAAUAUUAAAAAAAUAUAACUACAACAAAAGAUUACAAAAACAAAAAUAAUAUAUAAAAAAUUCUUAAUGGACUAACUGAAAUAAAAAAAAGUAUGUAUAUAUAAAUAUAUAUAUAUAUUUUCAAAAGAUUACCAAAAAUACAAGGAAACAAAUUGCAAAUCUUGAAAAUAAUACAAAUUUGUAAAACGGACUAGCGACAACAAAAGUUGAAUUCUAUAUUAUAUUUUCAAAACAUUCGCUAAAGGAUUUGUAAUUAUUUUUUUUUUUUUUACAAAUCGCAAAAAAAAAGUGAAUGUGAAAUUGGAAAGAAGUAUAAGAAAUAAUAACUACAACUAAGAUUACCCCUAUUUAGUACUACAACAACAGCGACAGCAUUAACACGUCUGCAGUCGACAAUCGUAGACCUUGAACGUCUGCCUGUCUUCUCUUUCUGUGUAUGUGUGUGAGUAUGUGCAUGUGCAAGUGUAUGUGUGCAAAAAGAAAAGGAGAGCAGCAGAAGAAGAACAAUAUCGCAAAAGCAAAUGGCAAUAGAUGCCGCUAAUGCAUUUGCAAUUUGCUGAUGCGAGCAACACAACGACGACAACGACGAUAGUUAAUAGAAGCUUUCAAACGCCCAAAAUUACUUGAGAACGCCAUACAAAUAUUUUGGUGUCUUUUCUCUCCUUGUUCGUUGCUGCUAACAGUUGAUCUUUGUACGCUCUGUUAGAAUUUGUAUUUUUUUUUUCGUCGAUGUUUAUUUUUUUUGCUGUUCUGUGACGACGAUAAAAAAUAUAUAUAAAAAAAAUAAAAGAAACGAAGCAGCAAUAAAUUGGAUUAAAAACAGCGCAGUCAAGCCUCAAACUACCUCUUCUGUGCUACCACAGCAGCAGCAACAACAUCAACUAGUAAUCAACACUUUUGAGGAACAAGAAUAAAAAGUAAACUCAAUCAAAAUGACGACUGUUUGCAAUGGUAUAGGAAUCCUGACGAGUUGCGACUACGACUACGAUGUUGCGUAUUGUCAACCGUUUGACGAUAUAGAGUUCACUGAAAUUCUCGACAUAGACGGCCUCCUGGGCGUAUCCAGCAUACAGAACGAUAUUGCUAAAAUAGUAGAUGCGGAUCAGGCGCGUUGGAUAAGCAUUUCCAAUCCCGAUGAUUUGUCCAAUGACAUGGACAUUAAGCCCGAGAUACGCAACGGCGACUGCAUGUGGUCCGCUUUCUCCAACAAUAUGGCCAACCUCAUAAACACAAAUGGGGACAACACCAAUUCGGCUGCAUCCAGCUACAGCGAAAGUAGCGCUGUGCCACCAGCCAUUGUCACUGGCAGCACUUUGUUGAGUAAACGUGAGCCACUCGAUGAGCACGACGAUCACGAUGAGCACGAUGAUGAUGAGCACGACAACAACAGCAGCAGCAGCAACAAUAGCAGUUGCAACAGCAGUAUCAAUAGUAAUAGUAACAGCAGGCAUAACAAGCUAAGCAGCAGCAACAGUUGCCGGUCAACUGUCCGCGGUGCUGCAGCAGCAGCAGCAACAAGAACAGCAACAGCAACAAUUUCAAUACCUGGACGCAACUUGCAACAGCAGCAGCAGCAGCGUUGCGAUAGUAAAAUGCAUAUUGUGGAGCCCUAUAUACCGCCAGGCGGUUCGCUCUUGCGCAAAAGCAACACACAGCAAAGACAACAGCAGCAACAACAGCAGCAGAAUCAGAAUCUGCUACAAAUGCGUUUCAAUGCGGUAAGUGGCAUGUGUGACUUUGAAAUGUCCGAGUUUCGACACAAUGUCGACUUGCGUGCCUGCGUCAUGGGCAGCAACAAUAUAUCGCUGACGAGCUGUGCCGAUGCCAACUAUAUUGAUCAUUUGAGUCGCGAACUGCAGAAUACCAGCAAGGAGCGCAUCGAUCUCCCUUAUCGCGUCGAAAACACUCAGAUCAGCGAUGUCCUCGAAGUGGUCCUCAGCGAUCAACACAAACAACAACAACAACAACAGCAGCAGCAAUUGCAACAACAACAACAAUCUUCAGCAGCUGUUUCCCGACUGGCGGCCAGUGUUGAUGUAUCGGCUGCUGUGGCCAGUUUGUCACCGCCAGCAACGACGGCGACCAGUUCCGAUUGUGAUUCGGAUGAUGGCGAGUGCUCGCUGGGCGAUUCAACGACGGCGUCUCUCCUCGAUGGCAACAACAGCGGCGGCGGUCUCUACAUGCGUCACAUCAGCGAUCACAGCUAUACGCGCUGCAACGAAAUGGAAACCAAUCUGGAGACGCCCUCCGAUUCCGAUGAGGAAAUCGAUGUUGUCUCACUCAAUGACAAGAAGCUACCCACAAAUCCAUCGGAUCGUGAUCGUCGCGUUCUGCAAACGAAGGUCGCCAACAAAAUCUCGAACGGUGCACGCGACCCACAGAAAUCGAGAAUCGCCAAAUACGAUUUACCCUAUACGCCGGCCAGCAACAGUCCCGUUAAAUCCGUUGUCAAUUCGCGCUACCCGUCGCCGUCCAGCACGCCCUAUCAGCGCUCUGAUGUCGCCGUCGCAGCUUCCGCUUCCUACUCACCGGACAGCCUAUCGCAGAACAGCAGCAGCAGCAGCAGUUGCAGUAGUAGCGAGUGCAAUUCACCAGCAGCAAUGAUGGCCGUCGAUGGCAUGGGCAAGAGCCGCAAGCGCUAUUACAUGAACGAUUGUGCAGCGACUUCGUUGUGGUCAUCGGGUCGUGUCUAUUCCUCCACCAAGGGCAUCAAGUCAUCGUCGUCGUCGUACAGCUUGGCGGCGGCCAAGAAGAGUCGCGUAAAGAAGGUGAACUCGGCUUAUCCGCUGAGCAGCGGCGAACUGAUGGAAGAUAUCUAUUUGAAGCCACGAAUUCCCGUUGGCAACAACUGCAGCAGCAGCAAUAGCAGCAGCAGUGGCAACAGCAACAGCGGCGCUAUCAGCAGCAGCACUAUUAGCAACGGCAGCAGCAACAGCACCAGUAACAUUGGCAGCAGCAGCAGUAGCAACAACUAUAACAACGGCAGCAGCAGCAGCAGCAGCAGCGCAUUAAAUCGUCAGCUUAGUCUGGAUGAGGUGGAUACGAUUGAGAAGCGUAAUCUGCAUAACGAUAUGGAGCGUCAGCGUCGCAUCGGACUCAAGAAUCUGUUCGAGGCACUGAAGAAGCAGAUACCGAAUAUACGGGACAAGGAGCGUGCCCCCAAGGUCAAUAUAUUGCGUGAGGCGGCCAAAUUGUGCGAGCAUCUAACCAGCGAGGAUCACAGCCUCAUGCUCAAGCGUCAACAGUUGAAGGCCAAGCUCAAGCAGCAGCAGGAGCGGCUGGCGCGUCUGCGUCAGAGCACGAAUGCUGCCAACGCCAUCGAAUGAUGAUAGCAUCCGUAAGUGGGUAAGCCGGUGGGGGGACAGGGGGGCCAAGACACAAAGGAAAUAAAUAAGAGAGAGGGAGGGAGAGAGGGGGAGAGAGGAGAGUGUGUGUGUGCAGCUUUUGGAUAAAACACGCUUGCAAGUCUCGAGCAAAAUCGAUUCGAUUCGAUUCGAUUUGACAAAAGCAAAAGCAAAAGAAAAUGAAAAGGAAAACAAAAACAAAAACAAAA